AAAGCAUUAAAAUUGUGAAUAAGAUACAACAGAAUCUGACUCCUCCAACAUAAAAAUAAAAUAUAAUGGAAAAUAGAUAAAAUCCAGCUUAUCAAUAAUUACGACAUGACCAACAGGAUAAGAAAAUGUUUGCUAAUUACAGUGAGACAAAAAAAAAAUGAUUUCAGAAUUCAAUGCUGGGAAAGAGAUAGCCUCUACACAAGCAUAUCUUCUGGUUGGAGGAGCUCUGGCCCAAUGACAGAAUCAGCACUCAACGAUUCCUGAAAUGAGAUAAGCUCUUCUGGGUCCCAAAUCCUCUCAAAUCUUACUUGAAAAGAAGAAGAAAAUGCCACUUUCUUGAACAAAUCUUAUUAGUCUCCAGUUAUUAAAUAAAUUAUUUGUCCCCACUGCCUGAUCAAUAAUUAUCUCAAGCUAUAUAUAAGCCCACAUUGAAUCCUCCAAAACAUUAACAAGCAGUAACCAAACAAAACAGAGAAGAAAAAAAACUUUCUAACAAAGCUUUUUAUAGAGUAAGAAGAUGUCUGCAAAUGAACUACCUUCUUCAGCUCAGGCGUUUAAAAAACAAGUCCGUGGCGGUUUUGUAUCUAGAAAACUGCUUCUGCACAACCCAUUUGACCACAACCCUCAAGGAGCCUUUGCGGUCGCACCAUCUCCUCACAUAACCGAUGAGAACAACCUGAGUGGGAAUGUCUUGAUGCUUCUCUCAAUUCUCAUCUGUGGAGUCAUUUGCUGCCUCGGGUUACAUUACAUCAUUCGUUGCGCAUUCAGACGCUCUUCAAGUUUCAUGAUCUCUGAGCCCGUCUCCAGUAUUCCAACACGACGUGGUUCAUCAAACAAAGGAAUCAAAAAGAAAGCUCUAAGGAUGUUCCCUGUCGUGAGCUAUUCAGAUGAGAUGAACCUGCCGGGACUUGGCGAAGAGUGUGUCAUCUGUUUGUCUGAUUUUGUUUGCGGUGAAAAGAUUAGGCUUCUCCCUAAGUGCAACCACGGGUUCCAUGUUCGUUGCAUUGACAAGUGGCUUCAACAACAUUUGACUUGUCCUAAAUGCAGACACUGUCUGGUUGAGACAUGCCAAAAGAUUUUAGGUGACUCCAGUCAAGUGACGGCAACAGCACCAACAGAGAGCGUUACUGUCAGGAUAGCUCCUCUAGAACCUGAAGGAAGAGUAAACACUUUUAGAGAAAGCAGCUAA